AUGUGUAAAGAUCUAAUGCUCCGUGAAGAGGCGUGAAGACGAAGCAGGGGAGGACCUCUUUCCACUGGAAUAAUUUAUGCAAGUGUCUGUCAGUGCCGCUGCUGGUGGAGAGGGGCAGUGGGAGUGGCUGAGGCGCUGGCAGUCUGCUUUGCAUGAAUCGUGGGCUCCAAGUUAGUGGCUGCAGCUUCGACGUUUCCUGUCAGCCCUACACAGAGCCGAGCCGAGCUGAGGCGAGGGCGGAGAAGCGGAGAGGGAUGGCAGAGAACAGCUCCGAGACGAGCAGCUCCGUUCACCGGAGAUGUCUGGCCCAUUCUCCGGCAGAGAAAAGCAUUUCAUCCGGGGUCGGCGCGGCAUCGAAAUGGAUUCGAUUAAAUGUCGGGGGCACGUAUUUUUUGACAACAAGACAGACGCUGUGUCGAGAUCCCAAGUCAUUUCUAUACAGACUGAGCCAGGCUGACCCCGAGCUCGACUCCGACAAGGUAAACGCUGAGCUAGUCAAGCUAGCUAGUUAGCACUGUAGUUAGGAGCGCAGUUAACUCCGUCUUAUAUUCAACGGAAUUUGCUCUUAUUCACUCUGUGUAAUAUUAGGAGACGAGAACAGUCGUUAAAUGUGCUUACUAAAUUAUUUAUUAGGGUCACGUGGUUCGUGAAAACCUUUUAUAAUUCACAAUAACCAAAGCCUACACAGCUUUUUGUGACUAGCUAGCAGUAGCCGGCUAGGCUAGCUAGAUUCCGACAGUCACCACAUGACAUACGAUCCUGCUCCUAGCUUCAUUGUGAAGCUGUCUUAUUUUGUCCAGUAUGAUAGCAUGCUAAUGACGUUGACCUACUUUUUUUUAUGACCAUAUCGUUUUUGGAAAUAACGUGAGCAAAAUCUGUUGACUUUUCCUUUCUCAGAAUACUAAGUCAGGGCAGUGUUUAAAACUUUCUCUGUCUCUGUACUUUACAUUGCGUUGCAUCCAGAGUGUCUAAAAUCAUACAGGAACACCAACGAUGGUCUUUAACCAAACUACAGAGACAAAUCGGACCUAGAACUUCACUGUAGAUCUCGAUACUCUCACUUUUUAUAAUGAUUUUGUUUGGAUUUUGUUCCAUUUGAGCUACACAGAUUAGUGACAUGCAUUAACUUUGAUCAGGCUGUAGCAUGAUGUAUGUAUAAUCAGCCGGAGCCCUAAAUUUCAUAUUGAUGCUCUGAAAUAACUUACUUUGUCCAUGUAUUUUCUCAUCUAUCAAGUGAUUGUAAUGCCUGCAAGCGUUAGUGCUAUAAUUAGUCUACCAAAUGGUCUACACAUGUAAGACUUUUAUUGCUUGAUCAAUUUGUGUUUUUUUCCCUUCUCCUCUCUUGAGGAUGGUCUGUUACUUGGCUGUGUUUGCUCUGCAGUAAUCUGCCUCUGUGCUGGUGGUGAGGCUCCCCUAAUGAGUACAUAAGUCAUUGCCAAGUGGGGUGAGGUGCUGCUGACAACCGAGAGCUCUGGAUGAGGUCACUCAUCUCCGUGAAAGGCCUUGGCGCUCCAGAUGCAGGCUGCUUCUUUUCACUCUGUUUGUCCAUCUGCCAGUUUUAACAGCAGUGUGCGUGUGUGUGUGUGCUUUAAACGCCUCCAGUACUGUCAAACACAAUGCAUUAUUGUCUGUAUAUACAUAGUGUAAUGUGGCCUGCCGUCCAUGGUUCAUUUUACUGCCCCGCAUUAUUCAUUGUUUCAUCUACUUGCACAUUUUAAUCUUCACCCUUGCCCCCAGUUUUUAUGCUAAGCUGAGACGACAGCUCACCUCGUAUUUUCAUGCAAAUAACUUAAUCUCUGAAUAAUCAGCUUGCUUUUUUGUCAGUUUAUCCUCCCAUGAGCAACGGAUCAGUCCAUCUCAAUCCCUUAUCUUAAGUGUGUAUCAGACUCAUCGCUCUCAGGCCAUUAAUGUACCUCUCUUCCACAGAGAGUCUGGUUUUAGAUGGCUCCUCAUAGAAGACAGUUUAUUAUUAGACAAUAUUUCGUUCGCAACUGUGACUCAAACUAUAAACGCUGAUGUUAUUUCAUCUUUUUUUUUUUCUGCUACUGAGCCGAGAAAGUCUUUUUUUUUUUUCUUUGUUUGUUUUGUUCUGUUUUUGUUUUAUUUUCUCGCAUCACCCGAUUCUGCAUGUGAAUCUGAAGCCCGACAGAGAAACAGAUCAGAGAAGAGCUCUGUUUUUGGGCAAAUACAGUAUUGUGUUUCCAAGCCAAGGAAAUGAGUGGUUGGGUUCUCAGUCACGCAGGCUGACGUGCUUCAGCAGGACUCUUGAGGAGAACUGCAUUAUUCAUGUUGUUGACUGAAGCCUGUUUUGCACACUGGGGAAAGUGCUGUGACGUGCCUGGUCAUAAAAGUAGAAAAUCUGGUAUUUUUGAGCUCCCUUUUUUUAGUUUUAUCUCCCAGGUUAUCAUGCAGCAAUCAUAUAGUGUUAGAGUAACAUUUUUUAUAUUGCUGGGAUUGCUAAGCUGAAUGAAAUUCUGCAAGAUCAUAAGCAGCUUGUGUUUCUUUGAAUCUUAUUAAAUCAACGAGUGCAGCAUAUACAUCAUCUAUACACCUGUGAUGUCUUUGGCAAACUACUGCUUUCAUUCCACUCAGGACUGCUAGACCAGAGAUCUUGCCUUCUAACUUUGAGAGCUACAUCAAUUUUUCAAGGACCCCAUCACAAAGGAUUCUUAUUCCUUCAACAUCUCAUUCUAUUCAUAUUUAUAUCCAUUUGCUGCCUGAAGAUCUCUCUGCGGCAUGUGUGAGAGAAAUAUGGCCGCCUUUUAAUGCCAGAUUCAGGUAUUACGUCAUGCCUGAGCACACUGUGGGAGGCAACGUAAAUAUUUAACAGUGAUAUCUUGGCUUCCUCCUGCUCUGUCUUCGCUAAGAAAGUGCUUAACAGGACACUGCAGAGUGCUACUUGCUAAAAAGGUGGAACUCAAGACUGAUCUUGUACGACUUCUCAGUCAUUGAGGCAAAUUUAUCCCUAAAACACCUCCAAAUGAGACUUACAUUUCUUGUAAAUUGGGAUGGUUUGAGCAACUUUCAUGCUGUACUAAACUUCAGUGAAACCGAUCAUUUCACCUCAUGGUCCUUUUCUGUAGCAACAUUGUCAAUUCUGUCUAGGGAAAUCUCUCAAGUUGCAGUGAUUUUUUUUUUUUCUGCUUUGCCAGCUUAGCCAUGUAUCUACUUGACUGCCUCUCACCAUGACAGCAAAGCUUUUAGGGGCCUUUCACAAAGAGCUGUUCAUUUUGUGCCUUGAAGGACUCCUCCCUUUUGAAAUUGUCCUGUGAAAAAGCACGGACCGUGUUUGCCUUGCAGAGUUGCAAAUGGUAGGAAGUUCCUCUCAGCCUCUGUGGCAGGUCAAACAAGCAUUGAAAUAUCAGUAUUAAACAUCUUGAAAUAUGAGAAAGCCUUCUAUCAUACAGCCCUGAUGUGAUGUGUGUAUUAUUUAAAAGAUGAAGGCCUAUUUUACUAUGCCAUUACAGCUUGUACUCCAGAGGGACUCCAGGCUCCUGCUCUACAAGGAUCAGACUUCCACUUGGCUAAGUAGGAAGAGUCAUGUGACUUAGAAGAUCCACUGCAACAUCUUUUGAGUACUCCUGCAGUGGGCUUGUACUGCUCUGCUGCAGUGAUGGCCAAGCACAAUUUGAUAAAUCUUUCAUUCCUUUUUAUUCUUGGCCUAACAAAAUUGGACUCUGCGUGAUAGUGUUGCUUGUGCUAAGUCAUGCUGUUGCUGUGUUUUGUUUCCCUUUCUUUUGAUAAUAACAGGCAGCCAUCUGGUGUAUUAUUUACACAUCCAUAUGAUAUUUGCAGGAAAUGUCCCCACACCUGUCUGGCUUUAUUCUGUGAAUUGUUGCAUGCAGAGUUUUUGCACCUAUUGUCGUGCUCUAAAGCAAACAUGCAGCAGCAUGCUAAUUUCAUUGAACAGAGCACUAACUUUCAGUGUCGAUGUUACUGCAAAAAGCCUUAUUAUUAUAUUAGACACCAUGUUGUUGAAGGGCGGGUCACCAUGGUAUUUCCUGCAGGAGGAUAUGUUUUGUGUGUACAAGAAGAAUGAUAAGGUCAAAACUAUACACUUCCCUCUGCUGUGAAGCCCACCCUCUAAUUGGCUUUUUGUUUACUGUGAAUUUAAGUCUUUUUUUUUUCUUUUUUUUUUUAGCUUGAAACCAGUCUCAGUUAGGCCUAUUUAGACUCACUCCUUGAUAUUGUAUGUGUAGAGCCUUUGCCAUGUCAAUAUUUUUACGAGGCCAAACCACAAACACAAAGUAGUAUGCCCAACCUGCAAAGCACUGACCUAUUUCUGGUGGUUAUUGUAGGCGGUGUUGACACAUUGUUGAUAUCAUCUGUUCUCGCGCUGUGCCUUGGUAGAGCUUAUCAUAUUUGUUUAAUUAAUAAAAUCUGAUUAGGUGUGAAUGGAGAUUUGGAGAUUGUUUAGAUAAUUCUAUAUAGUUUUCUGUCUUGUCUACAUAAAAGAAGCUACUCCUCUGUCCCCUCCCCUCUGUUUGUUGCCCACUGCUCCCCAGCCUGGGCCCCCAGAGACCCAACCCUUUGUUUUUAAUUAAAGACAUUGUCCCUGUUGUGUGAGCCAGCCCAUAUUAGAGCCCCAUUAUUCAUUUUAUCUCUUUACUGGGUCACUGUCACCCCAAGUCUCUGGCCUGUAAAUGCAUUUUGUACUGAAGGGAUGACCAGCAGGCUUGUCGGUGCAGCACAGCAACAGGUCAGGAAGCAGAAAGUUUGUUCAAGCGUAGAGUGGCCAUGUGGCGGUUUUGAGAGUUAUUUAAGCUAGUACACAAACAUUCAUUAGCAUCAGAUGUUUCAUCAUCUCAAGCACAGAGGAAUCACUUGUACAAACCAUACCUUUUUUUCAGGCACAAAGUAGAUGUAUCUCUGCCUAGAAUGUGACAGAUUCUUGUCAUAGCAGCAACUAAACUCUCGUCUCAUGAAGCCAUUGCUCAAGGAUAGCACACAAAAAGCAUUUAAUUGACCUUUUGUGAGAGCAGACCUAUUGACUUAUCACACAGUUGUAAGCUGUGAAAGUAGUCAAAGCUGGAAAGGAGCCAUCAUUGUGUUUUACCCCAAGCCCUGCUGUUCCUGCUGCGACAAGUCAAAAUUUCUCCAGCGAAAAAUGUCUACAGAUCUGAUAGAUUUGAAGUAAAAUUAGAAACGCUAGUCCUGUGAUGCUGAAAAGCUGUCACAGGUUUACGGAGAACCAAACAAUAUGAAAAGUCCAAGAGACAGAUUAACACUGAAAGAAAUAAGUGAUCCUCAGCAAUCAUGGUAGGUGUUCAUGUGAAGAUAAUAGCUGACCGUGAGACACUUGACAGGUAUAAAGAAAACAUAAGUGAGCAGUCAUCAAAAUCGUCAACAGUCACUUUUAUAUUCUUUACUCUCUGGUAGGGAAGGUGUUUUGUUAAAUGGUUACCAUUUAAUAUGUGGAUACAUGCAAAAGUAAAGUCAGUAGCAGUUUUUUUUUUUUUUAAGGAACAGUCAAAACUUGAAGUUCAACAUCAAAGUCAACUAUAAAGCACUGUGUGUUUGAAUGCAGUGACUUGAGAUGUCUGUUUCCUCCGUACUGGCCCACCUGUGCUUGUGCUUAGACUCCUCUGACUAUGGAAGUGUAAGGAACUGACACAGAGCGACGGAACCAGAAUAGAGCUCCACUGGGCUGCAGUGGGAUAUUUUUUGUUUUGGAAAGGAGGUCGGCUACCCAGAAGGGUUUAGAGAUUCAUUAGAAAAGAAAAUGAACUGGGACCUUCUCUCAUUAUCUGAAAGAUUAAUGGGUUUUGAGGUGAGUCCUUCUCUGGAAAACCACCCUGCACUCGUCCUUCUUGGUAGACUUGGCACUGUAUGUGAGUGUUGGGUCACGAGCUGGACUAUACGACGACAUCACUGUGUUCUUAAGUAAAUCAUAAAGAAGUUGCUUGGACCGGCGAUGCUGCUAAUUUGUUCCUGAAGCCAUAAACUCGCCUGAUGCAAAGUCAAACAUCCUGAAGCAUUUGAGGAUUAGCCAUAAAUUUGCUUAAGGCCUCUCCUCUGCGCGGAGCAUUUUUUCCUAAAUGUCAUGCAUGUUUGACUCACUAAAUGUCACAUCGUGUUAGACAACUUAAAGCAGGAAAGCGGUGUGAGGUGCUGGAGUUGGACAGCUUUUCAAACUCACUUCCACAUAAUACGUACGACCAACCAGACAGAGCUAAUUGUUGGUUGUAAGCCAAGGUGCUUUCUCUCUUGGCGGCCUCAGUGGAUUCAGCCUCAUGUUCCAAAUCUUUUUAUGUUCUGCUCUAAUUGUUUCAGCCGCCUUGUCCCCCCGCGAGAUAAAAGCAGUCUAAUCACAGUACUUAUAGAAAUAGGGGAAUACCCAGUGGUUGUGAAGGAAUUGGGAUCAAACCCAAGGCCUUUGGGAGUAGUGGAGUGAUAUCCCAAAAGCCACUGUGUAACUGUGUGUGUCUGUGUGGGUCACUUUGGCACAUGUCUCUUCAACACCUGUGGAGAUUAUCAGCACAUAAGCUGACCUUGUCAUUCCCCAUCCCUUGAGUUUGAUUCACUCAUGCGUUAUUCACUCCCAUAGAUUAUGCUACAGUUCAGAUAUGGCCUACAGAUGUCUCCUCCUUCUGUUUUUAAAAGAAAAAAACAUAAUAUCUACUUUAUUCAGAUCCAAUGAUUUAUGAUACUUUUGGCUCUGUGCAUUUUACUAGGUUUAUGUUCCAAAGCAAGUAACAUUAUGGCAUUUUAAUGGAAAUUAAACGAUCAACAUUGAUGAAAAUUUUUCAAACCCAGCUGAACACAAGAUCAGAGAUAACAGCUAAUCAUGGCAGGAGGAUGGCUGCUCUACAGCUCUGACACAACAUCGGUGGUGUUAGAGUGGUGUAUUUCCCAAAAAUUUGACUGUUGAAUUUUAAUGUUAUUCCAUGAACUUCAUCCAUCCUAAGCCUAAUUUUUUUUUUUUUUUUAACUCUCCAGGAUGAAACUGGUGCCUAUCUCAUCGACAGAGACCCCACAUACUUUGGGCCAGUGCUGAACUACUUGAGGCACGGCAAACUGGUGCUCAACAGAGACUUGGCCGAGGAGGGUGAGCAAUCUUUAAGAGAUGUUCUUCAAAAUAAUACAUCUUUCCCUGUAACACAAAAGAACAUGUGACAAUUGUGUUGAUUUUCACUUUGUUAUUGUUGAUAAAGUACGCGGCCCGGGAGGUGACAUGAACUUUUAUGUUUUUUAAUUCGCACAUAAGAAUUAGUAUCUCACACUUAAUGUUUUUAAUAUACUCUCUGUCCAUGACACUGUCCUUCUCUCACAAAUAAGGCCUGCAGAGGAUUAUUUACAAAAACGCAUGCGCAAGAUACAAGUGUGAGAUACUAAAUUAUAUGUGCGAAUUAAAAAAAAUUAAAGUUCAUGUCACCUCCGGAGCUUCGUAAUAAACUGUUGAGAAAAGCAAAUAUUUAAAUGUAAAUUAUUAACGUUCGUUUAGUUUGGACCAAAAAAAUGUCCAUUAUAAAAGUGAACGGUUUUGAAUAUCCUUUUUUUGUUUCACAACGAGAUCUUAUCCAGGAAGACAGUAGCAGGACAAGUCCACUAAAAGCUGAAUUGCUAAAUGUUUCAGGAGUGUUAGAGGAAGCUGAAUUCUACAACAUCACAUCAUUAAUAAAGCUCAUCAAGGACAAGAUCAGGGAGCGUGACUGCAAAACAUCACAGGUAUGUCAAGUUGCAGCUGCGUAGAUUUCUCUAUCCAGAUGACAUGCCCUUUUAAACUCUCUAUUAUGUCUCCUGUCCCCUCUCGUUUCUGGCCUGUGCAUAACUGUCCUCACAGGUCCCGGUGAAGCACGUGUACCGGGUGCUGCAGUGCCAGGAGGAGGAGCUGACACAGAUGGUGUCCACCAUGUCUGAUGGAUGGAAGUUCGAACAGGUAAAUCUCUGCCUGCUGGGUCAGCGCAGCAAUCCUCCUUUCAUGUGCUUCACCCACCCCGCUAUGCUCACAUUGACCCAGAAAGUCCAAUCCUCAAUAUUGGAAAUGGCUCAAAAGCCAGACAGCAAAUCACAUCUUUCUCAAUGUCCGCAUACAUGAUCCGGGCAUCCCUUCUGUGCUCUUAUUGGUUGUUGCAGCUUGUCAGUAUAGGUUACGGGCGGGCCCACCAGUCAGAGUUUCUGCUGAUUGUGUCAAGGGAGGUGAAGGGAGAGGAGUCUGCUUUGCCAAACAACAGCGGAGAGGUGUGUCCCACAAAUUUCUGUCCACGGGCUGGUCACUGCAUGGUCCCCAUGUUGUCCAUACACACCCCGUUGGCCAUUGUUUGUCCCAAGUAGACACAUAGCUGUUGGUCAUUUGAGUUGAUUCUUUUCAAUGUUCAUUUGUACUGCCUGCUCACCAGUGGGGCUUAGAAAACAUGACACCUUCUUUUCUUGUCUGUGAUUUGAUUUCAUUAUGCUAUUUUUCCAUUUUAACUGCCUUCACAGUUGGAGAGCUUUUGUCUAAAGCCGUUUGUGUUUCUUGCCUUGAUGAAGCCACUUUGAGAGGCUGCGCUGUGAGAUAAUAUUGGGCUUUUAGAAGGGAAAAAUGUUGUUCUAUCUCCCUAAUGUAUGUUGAAUUUAAAUACUUCAAGGUUACAUGGAGAGCUUGGGUUUGGCUGGAACUGCCAUAAGAAAUGUUUCCCUGGUGAGUUCACAUGUUUGUGUGGAGGUAGUGUAUGUUUUCUGCGUAUGUGAAUCUUCCUAAAAGGAGGAUUGCUGUUUCAGCUCCUAUUAGAGCUGAAAUCUUGCUAAUCUCCUUACAAAGGUCAGAUGGGAAACUCCUUGAAACACUCCUUAUGCAAAGUCUAAAGCUCAGGCUGCAGCCCAGGAGAGCCUUUACAGGAUAUGAGAGUCUUAAAGACUCCACAAACACAGACAACAUAUUGAUGUGUAGUUUAUUCUCUCUGAGGUCUCUGAAUCUUGUCGCUGGUUGAGUUUUUUUUAUAGUGCGGGUCCAUUGUAACUAGUGGAGACAGUUUGGUCUUUACACUGCGUUAUUGUAAGAGUGAUCGCUUCACAACAACAAGUCUCCAGCAGCAGCAGCUAAUGAGGGGCUGCAUGUCUGAACAUGCACACCUGAGUACAGACGGUUUACAUGUAGCCUGCAGUGUACACACACUUAAUAUUCAACAGGAAAAGCAGUUUUUCAGGAACAGGAGUUGCUCUGUUUGGAGUGCACACAUGUAGUUUGUACAGACUGCACAGAUGCCGUCCCUAAAUUCCUUUGCCUGUGUCCCUUUUUUGCCUUUUAAACACAGUGGAACUACAGAAGUUAGAAGAUUAUUUGAGAGUUAGGAAGAUACUGUGUGAGGGGAUUAUCUUGAACCAGUUCCUGGUGAUUUAGUCGGUGCGUGAAAGAAAAGUCAUUCCCUGCAUAUGCCAUCUGCGCCUUCAUCAAAUCAGAUAUGUAACCAAGCAGAGCCGGUGCUGGUCGAUGGGAAUCGUCCAUAUUAUUUGUCUUGUUGGAGAUUUAUUAUUGAAUUCACUUGAUUCACCAAUUGAAGUGAAGCUGUUCACAUUAUACAGACCUGAUCCUUUCAGGUCAAACCCACCAUUUCCCUCAUUGAUUUUCUACCAGCAUGUUUGCUUCAUGUGAUCGAGUCUCCCUGCACAUGUGUUGCAGGAUCUACCUCCUGAUUAUCUCUGUCUGUAGCACCUUCGUUGAGUUGUCUUAUCUUUGGACCAUGAGUUAUUUUAUCUCUGUGUCAUUUCCUUGUCUGCCCUUUUAUUUAUUUUUGGAUUUCAGCGCUGGCAUGUCUGCAGGUCCUUAAAGAACUUGUCACAGUUUGAUAAAACCUGAAAUUAUCAUUUUUACAACUUUGGAAGCCUUCCAACUCUUCUUUUUAAGUAAGCUGAGUAAAAAAUCACAUCCGGGGGUUGAAUCUUAGGAACAAUACAAAUCAAGCUGAGAUUAUCCCUUAUUGUUUAGUGCGUCUGUCUAAUGAAGGCGUAACGAUGCAAUAUUAUGCAAAGAAUGUCUGAUCAGUGACCUUUCCCCAUUGUGUCAAAAAUGUGACUGAAGACUCCUGGAGGACUCUUGAAUUGAAGUUACAGGAACCUGUAGACUCUGUGCUCUGUGAUUAUGAGUCAGUCUCUUUUACAUUGUUCCUAUGUAUCCCUCCCUGUGUUUUCCCACCAUGAGUAACCCAGUCCCCACCUCUCCUCCAUCAGUCUAAGGCUAAACUCUUCCUCUGUGUGUCUCUCCAGCUGGUCAGCAUAGGCUCCUCUUACAACUACGGAAACGAAGACCAAGCUGAGUUCCUGUGUGUAGUCUCCAAGGAGCUGCACAAUCAAUCAUACGGGACAAACAGUGAGCCCAGUGAGAAGGCUAAGGUGAGUGUGAGUGUGUGCAUGUGCGUGUAUGUGUGUGUAAUGCAAAGAGAGAGAGAGAGAGGCCCACUGCAAAUCCAUCCAUGGCAAACAUAUGUGAAUGACAGCCUGUGCUGGAUGUUUUUAAACGCAUCACAUUUAUUUAUGAACACGCCACCAGGGGACCGAAAAGCACCUCUGGUUUAUUGAUGAGACGGCUCUCAGAAGAACACUGUGAAUAUUCAGCCUGCCUUCAAAAACACGUGCGGUCAGAGAAAAAGAAGAUAAAAAUACUCAAGCACACAUUUUUCUAACAGAGCAAACUCGGCGUGUAUACUGAUGUUAGAUUUAAGCCGAAUGAACUGAGCAGUGAUCCCUGAUAGUAAUAUUACAAGAGCGCAGGUUUGCAGAUUAGCGGUACUAUAGGAGAGGUCUGUCAUUUUUCUCAAGGGAAGCAAGAACCCCCCCCACCCCAGAGGACUUCAGACUCUAUCAGCCGCACAUGAAGAAGCUCACUGUUACACUUCACUGUGUAUGAAGCUACAAGUGCGUCUUUAAAGAAAAUGUAGAUAGAAUUUAUAAACUUUGCUGCACAUGUUUCCAAGAGCACAAAAUCCAAACAAGGUCCUCAAGUCUGACUGUUUCCGUAUUUUACUAUGCAAAGAAUCAAGAAACAGAAGGUUUGUAAAUGUGCCCUUGGAUACCAUUUCUUCUCCUUUUCUGUUGACGUUUUGCACCUUUUAAUUUUAAAUGUAGCUGUUGUGUGACUCCUCCAUAAACAUUAAAUCCUCUUGAUUUUUCUCCUUGUUCUCCUUCCACCUCCAUUCAUUUCCGUCAUUUUACACCGUGCCUUUUUCUUGUCUUCUUCUGUGCUGUCUGCAUGCCGCAUGUUGCUCAGAGCGAGGACGAAGAGACGGAUUAUGAAAUGAAUGACUCUGAUUAGGGUUGAGCACUUAUGACUCACUGGUGAGAGCUCAAGUGCUCGUAGUCCCCUCCAGCACACCUCCUCAGUCUGACCCUCACCUCCUUCUGCAUACCCACUCGGCGCAGUUCACGCUACUGACAAAUUUUCUUCUCAUCUUUUCACAAAUCAGAGUCCAAUCCAAAAACCAGAGGUGUCCUAAUGAGAGAGCGCCAGCCCCUCUGUGCAGACCAAGUUUCUACUAUUUGUGGGAAGAGUCACAUUUGUUUCAGUAGUGUGAACAAGACCCUUGUAAUAACUGUCACGCUCACAGCUUUGGUUAUGUGAGGGCUCGCUGAUUCAUCAGCUGCUGCACUUUGACUCAUUGUUUCUCAUUCAAUGACAUUUAAAAAGGGGGGGGGGGGGGUUACUAUGCCGGCUUUGUAGGCUUCACUGUCAAAUGCAAUAGCUGUAGUGUUGCUGUGACAUCAUUUUAUGUUUUAAAGUAUUAUCUCAUAAGUAUUUUGCCAAAUUGAUGAGUACAAAGGCCAUACACAGACAUUGUAGAGAUUACCAGUUGUUUUCUCAAGAUCCCGACUCGUUUUCUGGUAAUCUUGGGAUAACAAAGCUGGGUUUUCCCGUAAUAAUGGAGGAAUUUAUCUCAUUAGCCAGAAACCCAAACUAAAUAUUUAUUGAGAUAUUUGGUAAUGGAUCCCCACAGCAGAUGCGUGCAAUGCAUCAUCAUUUAAAUUUUUCCUGAAAUGAAGAUUUAGGGUGCAGCGCUAACUUUCUGCAGCGUGUCUUCUGGUACAAAGGUUGAACUCACCUGACAAGCUUCCCGAGCUCACCCUGGCUCUGCAUUGUCCCUGACAGCGCUUUAUUUUCCUCACUUACGCAAGCAUUCCUGCCCCUUUGCACCCCUCCUCAGUGUUUUUUGAUAUAGCCAGCUUGUAGAGUAGACGCGCAAGUGGUCUUUGGAGAAGGACAAUCCACUGUGGUAGGAACAAGUGCUUCUAUAAGAAAGGCUAUAAAAGUUAUUAAGUGGCCAUUAACAAGUGUAAGAGGCAGGAUGUCUGACAAUUCUUCAUGGUUUUUUGUUUUUUUUGAUUCUUUCUUAUUUUUCUCUGCAGAUCCUUCAGGAAAGGGGCUCCCGGAUGUGAAGUGGACUCAGUAUUAUGAGCUCCAGGUGUUAUGAUGCAAACAUAUCAUCUUUGUGGAAGAGCGUUUGGCACAAUGGAGAUUUAAAGGGAGGGGUGUGCAUUUCUUUAGUGUUUUCCCUCCAUUUUGGUUUUUAUUUCUCAAUGUAAAUAAGUAUGUUUACUGACAAUUUGUGCCUGUACAUUUAAACUGGACCUUUGUUUUUUAAUUAGUGGCAAGUUUUGUUUUUCUAAUUGAAAGUAAGGAAUUGCAAUCUGCAUAUGUUUUAUGGUAUAAAUUAUGGCCGAGAUCAUUUAAGGCCAAUGAUUCACUCAGGGUCAUCUGUUGUGAUAAUUCUUAUAUCCUCCAACUCAAGGGUCUGGAAAGGGAUCAGUAGGGUCUGUAAAACUCAAAGUAUCAUACUUAUAAUCAUCAUUUAGAGAUGCUAAGAAGGGAAUAGUGCUUUUAUUUGGCACAUAUUAAAGAGUAAAUCUAUUCAGUGUGAAAUUGACCCCAAUAACAAAUUAGAUUAAAAUACUUCCCCAAAGAUUUGAAACAGUUAUUCUGAGAUUUGUGAUCAUGAGGAUCCAAGCGUUUUAAAACACAUUUCAGAUGAUUCAAAGUGUUGAUCACAUUCUCAGACAAGGGUUAAAACUUGGUCAACUCAACUUUCUUAUUCCUUGCUGUAGGUAAAGGGUUUCUUUGGGUGACAUGAAAAAGUCCUUAUAAACGAGAAUACCAGUUUUAAUGCUCUGAUUCUAGAAACAGCAGAUACCUGCAUAAUAUGGAAAUGUUAGGAUCUAAACGCUAUGAUUGCUUUCUUGGCUUUGAGAAAUAGACAUGUUGUCAGUGUAGCUGCUUCUGGCACCAUGUACUCUUAUCUUGCAACCUUAGUAACAACGUUGCCCACAAAUAUGACCUGUGUGUGCUGUGGGAGCAAGUACUUAUCAUACUUUUUUAAGAAAGUCCACGUGUCUUGUUUUAUAAACAUGAGACGUUUAAGUAUUGGACAAAAGUUUAACUGCAUUCGUGAUGUUUAAAGUAAGAUUUCUGCUGCCUCGACAACUGAAACUUUUUAUUAGCUGAGUGGAGUAAAAUUGUUCUUUCUAAAUGUUAAGUGCAAGUUCAUAUCGAGUUAAAUCUGUCAGACAUUUUUAUCUCUAAUUUUAGUUCCUCAUGCUCAUAAGUCUAAAAUUAACUGCCAAAAUAGUCACAGGUGUUUUCAAAUGUGAAUUCUGGUUUACAGUGACUUUUAUUUUUUAAACACCAGUGUCCUCCAAUGACUUCCUGUUUCCUGCCUGGAAAAACAUCCACUGGACAGUGGUGUCUUUAUAUUUUUUUGUAACUCACUGUCUUCUGAGUUGUCCUUAACUAUUGUAUUUUGUAUGUUUUGAGGGAAUAUUUGUUUGAUUUGGAUCUCUUUCUUUUAGGGGAAGUAUUUGUGGUGGGCGAGGUUUGGGGACUGGAGAUGUUUGAAGAGUUUGAAGGCAGGUGUGAAGGACUUUCUGUUCAUAUCAAGAGGAGGUUUUGUUUUGAUGUAAAUAAUCCAAAUUCAAUAUUAAUAUUUAACUCUUAAAGACAAACUGCACGUUUUGUACACUGUAUAGAUAAACCCAACUUCAGGAGGAAGUUGUGUAUACUGGAUCUUUAAAAAGCGAGAAAACCUUGACAAUGUUCACUUUGCAUCGUUUGUACAGAGAUAUCCAAGUGAGGUCUGGAACAGCUGAUGCUGCGUUUGGUGUCUUUCACUAACAAACAUGCCUGGAACAUGUUUUGAUAACCAAUAACAAAGCUACACUUGGCUGGCUAUGAAGUUGACUGUUACAUUUAAGAAAAAAACAAAUGUAUUUUUCCUGCAUUGUGAUAGAUUCUAAGCAUUUUUGAAUUGUGUAGAUUUCGUACACAGCAUUACAAGCACUACAGUGAGAAAACAACACUGUGCACAUUGCUUAUAAGCCUGUAAUGUUGUUGAUGUAAAUACUGCAUUUUAGGACACUUUUUUUAUAGAAAGUUGUUUUCAGGUUUGAUGUGUGGUUUUUGAUAGGUUGGAUAUUUCACUCUCAAAUAAUCAUUUAGUGUUGCCUUUUUUCCCAAUGACCAAAAUCCAAUGUCUUAUGUGUAUUGUACACAUUAAACUUAGUGUCAGGGACAAGUAAACUUUUCUUAAUGCUGGCACACUUUGUACAUACAGACUUGUUAAUGACACACAAACCUCCAUUUACUCACAUGUACACGUAUACACUUGACUAAAACAAUUUUUAUAUCGUUGGAGAAACAAGUAUGGAUGCAUGUUUUGAUAAAAAUCUACACAUAUGUACACACAAACACACACAAGGGCUUUUAAAGUGCAAAAGUUUGACAUCUGCAAACAGGUUCAAUCAAGGUAGACUGGAUUUCCUGCCAGAAAUAGGCUAUGUUUACAUUUGCUAUAGUAUUCUGAAGCCUUCCAAUACGUACUGUCUUGCACUCCCUCACACACAUUUGAAACAUUGGUCUGACUUGUGUGAACGCACUGAUUGCAACUAGCACUCUCCACUCCUAAUGAACUGAUAUUCACACAGACAUACUGACUGAUUUAUAUAUUUUAAAAAAAAAGAGGAAACUCCAUCCACUUCUGACAGCUUGUGCUUGAGCGUUGUAGACAAUCUCGCUUUCUGCCCUCUCACUUUGAACAGAGUGAAACUUAAUCUGCGUUUGCUCAGAAUAAAGGUUAAUUUAGGGGUCUUUGAAGACUUUAUUUCCUACGAUGGGGUGUAAAGUGUUUUUGUGCUUUGAUUUGCUUGAUUCAGUUGUACCUUAAUUUGAUACUCUGGUCUGAGGUGUUGAACCCUUCCACUAUGGCAACUAAUACCCUUAAACAGGUUAUCUAGUUGAGCAUUUGGCAUCGAUAAUCAUUUUAUGUAACAGACAAACUUAUCAAAUCUGUAGCCUGAUACUUAUAAGUGCCCAGUUUGUUUUGCAUUUAAUUCAUAACCCACAGACCACUGUAUUGCAUGAUUGAAGAUGAUUUCACUUAUAAUCGGAGGGAAUUAAUGUGUCAUUUUUCCUCAGUCUAGCAACUACAUCAAUGAAUAAGGUUCUCAUAUCACUAUAUAGAUCACAUCUAUAUGAUCUUAUGCAAUGUUCAAAUUAUACAAUUUAAGUAUGCGGUUGAGGGGAUGGAUCUGUAUGGUCUUGCAUAAGGUUAAUCCAAUAAAAAUGUUGUCAUUGAUGUGUGGAUUUUUUUUU